GCUGCCAGCGCUCUUCAAGACAUCUCCUCCCACUUCCAGCGCCGUACAACCUGCGCUCCAUCACUCAAACUCAACAUUCCUGGCGGAUUUCUCUCACACUGUGUUCCAACUAUGCGCUUCAGCCAGCGAGGACUUCAACACAAGAACUUUGUCAAAGAAGAGUCCCAGGGCGCACAGGAUGCUCCACAGCACAGCGUUUAACGCAGACUAGGAGCGACUCCACGGGAAGUUGUGUGUGUGAGAGAGAGAAAGAGAGAAAAGAUAUAUUUUUUUUCUCUGUUAGGGUCACCAAGCAGGUAGCCUGCACUCUGGGCAUGGACAAUGGAUAAUUUAAGUCUGUCAGUGAAUGCGGUGUCCUACACUGUGGCAACUGAACUCUCCACUACAGAUGAUCCGUUCACUGCACCCGUCAAGAACAUCGCGCCGUGGAACUUUACUGUCCUGGCCGUGCUCAUGUUUGUGGUCACCUCGCUGUCUCUGAGUGAAAAUUUCCUCGUCAUGUUUGUCACGUUUAAGUUCAAACAACUCAGACAGCCCCUGAACUAUAUCAUAGUCAAUUUGUCCAUCGCUGACUUUCUGGUCUCUCUCACCGGUGGAGUAAUAAGUUUCCUGACAAACACCAGAGGUUACUUCUUCCUUGGAAGGUGGGCUUGCGUCUUGGAGGGGUUUGCUGUUACUUAUUUCGGGAUUGUGGCAAUGUGGUCCCUCGCCGUUCUGUCCUUUGAACGAUUCUUCGUGAUCUGCCGUCCUCUGGGUAACAUACGACUGCAAGCGAAGCAUGCAAUCCUCGGUCUGUUGUUUGUCUGGGCCUUCUCAUUCAUCUGGACCUUCCCCCCAGUGCUAGGCUGGAACAGGUACACCACAAGCAAGAUCGGAACCACCUGUGAGCCUGACUGGUAUACAACUAACGUCGUAAAUCACAGCUACAUCAUCACUUUCUUCGUCACCUGUUUUAUUCUGCCUCUUGGAGUUAUAUUCUACUGCUAUGGAAAGCUGCUGCGAAAGCUCAGGAAGGUAUCUCACAGUCGUCUGGCCACUGCCAGGAAACCAGAGCGGCAGGUGACCCGUAUGGUGGUGGUGAUGAUUGUGGCAUUCAUGGUGGGUUGGACGCCGUACGCAGUCUUCUCCAUACUGGUCACAGCUCAUCCAACCAUUGAACUUGACCCCAGGCUGUCUUCCAUCCCCGCCUUCUUUUCCAAAACAGCUACUGUCUACAACCCAAUCAUCUACGUAUUCAUGAACAAACAGUUCCGGAAGUGCCUAAUCCAGCUCUUCACUGGUAAGGGGACCAUCCCAGACAGCAACUUCAACCAGACCUCAGAGCGACCGGGAAUUACUGUUGAGAGUCAAACAGGAGAAAUGUCAGCCAUUGCGGCUCGCAUCCCAGUGGGUGGCGUUGGGUCGCCCAGGUCUGACGAUUCUCCAACCGACUGUGGCUCAUUUGCCCAGCUGCCCAUCCCAGAGAACAAAGUGUGUCCAAUGUAGCCUAACACUAAACCUCAUCCCAGUUGGUGUUCUCUUACUGUCCUCUGUCCCCCAGAGUCUAUAAUAACCUUCUGUAAUCUAGAUAAAGCGCGCUUCAGAGCCUGUUUGGACAAUGACAGGACUUAAUUUUUUUGCAGUGAUGGAGGGUUCAGUGUGAAGAGUUUGCUUUUGAAGAGUUUUCAUAGGUGAGGAUGGUAGGACUUUUUUUUUUUAUUUCAGUUGCAAAAGUAAUUCAACAUCAAAAAACAGCUAGAACUUUAAGGUUUGGGCUGCAUAUGCAGUUAGAUUUUUUGAUUAAAAAGACAUUGGGGAAAAGAAUGAACUGUACAGACAGAAAUGCUCAGAGCUUUACCUGCUAGAUAUCUUGUAAAUAUUUGCUUGCUGAUCUCGGAUGUUUUCUUGACCGUCAUUGCACACCUGCUAGUGUGUCAGAUUAGAGGGCAUUUGAUUCGACUUGAUAGCAUCUGCCUUCAUAUCCUAGUGAAAAAACAGACUGCUUAAACCUUUACAUCAGUUAGUUGAGGGGUAUUUUUCAAAUACCACAAUGCAUCCAGCCUUUCAUCUUGUCCUCGCCCUCUCCUUUAAAGCCUUGUGUUGCCGCCUGUAGAGAACGUGUUGUUUUCUAUGCUGUUUCAGUACUUUACUUUGGCAGUGCAUCUUUAUUCAUCUCCGCUCGUCAAGAGGAUGGAACAGUCUUAUGAAUUGGGAUACUUUUACUUUAAUUUGUCCCGUAUGGACUAGUUUGGGCCAACGCUUUCAUAUUUACUGAAGAUGGUCAAUGAAACUUGGAGAUGCCAGUCUCCUGCUGCCUCUGUUGCACAUGUAAGAGGACAACAUAUUUAUGAAGUGCCAGCAGGGGAUCAACAAUCGCACAGCCAUGCAGCACAUAUACAUGCACAUACACACAUGUUAUAUGCAUGCACACAGACAGAUUGGGGUUCACAGCCUCAAUAGGCACUGUGAAGAUGAUACAAUGCACCAAUAAAUAUCUUAGCACAAGAGUGGCUAAGCAGCCAUGUACAACAGCAUUGAGCAUUCCCAUUAUAAGCACAGGUCGACAGCAAUAUUAAAGCUAAACUGUAUCACAGUUGAACACUUCAGUGUUAGCUACAGUAGAUGAGUGUUAAAAUGUCUUCUACUUGACUUUGUGGUGCAUGUUUGUUCACUAUUACUGGAUAUUUGUCAAAAACACUGUCGUAUUCUCUAUGCUUCACUAUGUUAAAAUAAUGUAACAGUAUGGUGUCUGUUCGCAAUGUACUGAGUGUGUGUUUCAAUCAUGUCUGACCAGUCUGGUAGCAGUAACAUUUAGCAUCUUCAAGCAUCUGUGCCAAAUUAAUUGUGAUGCUUUGAUAUAAUCAGCAUAACAACAGGAGACUGUGGCGAAGACGACAGCUUCUCUCUCACACAAGUGUUUUUUUUUUUUCUAUAUGAGAACACUUUUUAUAUAAUCUCUGUGGAACUUAACCCUGCAUUAAUCAAUAUUUUCUGUCGAUGCCUCUGUAUGCUGUGAAAGAGGUGCAAGAGCUGCAUUCCUUUCAGCUUCUUUAGCUUUCAGCUUCAGAAACAUCCUGUUUUGUUGCCUGAAAUAAUCCACAGCAGUUUGAUUUAGCUUUUCAGUUUUCAGAGAUGGCCUCUUUUUAUGGUGACUAUACCAAUGUGUUACACGUUAACUGCUUAUUUUAUUGAUGCUCAAAUGUUCAAGCCCUAUCUCAGGUGUCAGAAAUUGCUGUUACUGUUUGCAAAAGAAAGAAAAUAAAACUAGUGUCAUUGUGCUUAAUUCCACUAUAGCCAUGCUGUAUAGCAAUAUUUUCCCUUUUGAAUUCUCUUUUCUGAUUUCUUUUUAUGUAUUUGUCUUUAAGCAUUGUAAGUAUUACUCUGAACCACUUCCAAAUUGUCUUGCAAAUAGGUUUAUACAGUAGUCUCAUGGGACAAAAUUCAGAUUACCACUUGAUUGGCUGUUGACUAUGAAUCACAGUUUGUAAUUUUUUUCAAGUGUGUCUCUUGUGUGGCUGUAAAAUAUAUAUGUACCAGCGACCACCAAAGUGAACUACUCUGAUCUCUGGUGUCAUGGUCAGAUAAGUGUCAUGUCAUAAAUGUCCUUUAUUACUACAUAGUUCAGAUCUUUUAAGGUAGAGCUGUAUUAAUCUGAAAAUGAGCAGCGACACACAAGCAGUCAACAAAUACACAUGAAUGCUCCAAGCACCCUGUCAUCACAUCAUGGUCCAGCUUUCAGUGUGUACAACAAAUAGAACUCUUCUAAGCUACUGUAAAGGCUGAGAGAAGAAGUCAGCUGCAGAAAUCAACAAAAGAUGUUUAAUUUUUUUGUGUGAGUUUCGUUGUGGCUUGAGAUUUUUGGUUGCUCAUUUUCGGAUAACAAGGCUUAGUCUCGCUGAAAAAUCUCCAAACCAGAGCACUGCCCACUGAAGUUGACAGCCAUGCAUCAAUAUACAAAACAGCUGGUCAGCAAAUCCAUGUGUCCACACACACUGUCCCCACCAAUCAGUACCAACCAACAGUACAUUUAACCUUUCCCAAGUCUCUCUCUCUCUCUCUCUCUCACACACACACACACACUCACACGCACAUGGAUACAUUAGGUGUAUAGGGGCUUUUGUAAGUAGUGACUUCACCUUGAACACAGGAUAUAAAUCAACAAACCUGCCAGUGUUACAUUUUGGUGCAAGGAUUACAGACACACUGCAUGCUGAUAAGGGAAGGGAACACUCUCAACAUGUACAGAUGGAAUAAAGCUCCCAUUUCUCACCUCCCAACCCUGAAUAUCAAGCUUGUUUGUUGUAUUGUACCUACAAAGGCAUGUCAAUACUUCUGUUGUAUGUGUUCUGUUGUAUGUUUUUUGUGUCACGCAUAUUUUUUGUCUUGAGUUUGAUAUACAUGAGUUUACAGUUCAUAGAU